UGGACUAUUGAGGAUGUCUAACUCCACCACCAACUUCUACGCCUCACCACAGUCCUUCAGCUUCUCUGACAUUAUUGUCAUAGCAACCUACUUUCUUCUGAACCUUGCUGUUGGCAUCUGGUCAUCGUGCAGAGUUAGCAGGAACACCCUGAGUGGAUAUUUCCUGGCUGGACGUGAUAUGGCCUGGUGGCCGAUUGGAGCGUCUCUGUUUGCAAGUUCAGAGGGCUCAGGCCUGUUUAUUGGUUUGGCUGGAACUGGAGCUGCUGGAGGAAUCGCAGUCACCGGCUUUGAAUGGAACGCCACGUUUGUGUUACUGGCUCUGGCGUGGGUAUUCGUGCCUGUGUACAUCUCCUCAGGGAUUGUGACAAUGCCAGAGUACCUGGGCCGUCGUUUUGGGGGCGAGAGAAUCCGAACGUACCUGGCUGUUCUCUCACUGUUGUUAUCCGUCUUCACAAAAAUAUCAACCGACCUGUACUCUGGAGCCUUGUUUGUUCAGGUGUGUCUUGGAUGGAACCUCUACCUGUCCACUGUCCUCAUGCUGGUAGUCACUGCUCUUUACACAAUUGCAGGUGGUCUGGCUGCUGUCAUCUACACUGACACUCUACAGACAUUUAUCAUGAUUGUAGGAGCGAUCAUCCUGACAGUUACUGCUUUUAACAAAAUCGGGGGCUAUGGAAACCUGGAGCAAGUGUAUAGUAUGGCGGUGCCCAGUAAAAUCAUUCCAAACAGUACCUGUCACCUGCCACGUCAGGACGCCAUGCACUUGUUCAGAGAUGCCGUCACUGGAGACCUGCCCUGGCCUGGCAUGACCCUCGGACUCACCAUACUGGCCACCUGGUACUGGUGCACAGACCAGGUGAUUGUUCAGCGAUCCCUAUCGGCUAAAAACAUGAGCCAUGUGAAAGGAGCCUCAAUCUUGGCAGCAUACCUGAAAAUACUACCCUUCAUCUUCAUCGUCCUGCCGGGCAUGAUUAGCCGAGCACUCUAUCCAGACUCUGUAGGAUGUGUUGAUCCUGAGGAGUGUGUGCGAGUGUGCGGAGCUGAGGUGGGAUGCUCCAACAUCGCGUUUCCCAAACUGGUCAUUGAACUGAUGCCAAGUGGCCUCAGGGGAUUGAUGAUAGCUGUAAUGAUGGCGGCCCUGAUGUCUUCGUUGACCUCCAUCUUUAACAGCAGCUCCACGUUAUUCACCAUGGACAUCUGGAAGAAACACCGUCCAAGUGCAUCAGAGAAAGAGCUGCUGCUGGUUGGCAGGAUCGUGACAGUGAUCUUGGUGGUGGUGAGCGUGGUGUGGAUCCCCAUUUUACAGUCGGCUAAUAGCGGCCAGCUGUACGUUUACAUCCAGUCAGUGACGAGCUACCUCGCUCCACCCGUCACUGCUGUCUUCACUCUGGCAGUCUUCUGGAAGAGGACCAACGAACAGGGUGCAUUCUGGGGCCUGAUGGUUGGACUGGUGGUGGGGGUCUGUAGGAUGGUGCUGGAGUUCGCUUUCCCCCCACCCAGAUGCGGCGUUGUGGACUCUGCACCGGCAGUGCUGCGAGGUGUCCACUACCUGCACUUCGCCAUCCUGCUCUGUGGCCUGACUGCUAUUGUUGUUGCUAUUGUGUCACUGCUCACACCACCACCCAGCCAUGAACAGGUGUGUAAUCUGACCUGGUGGACUCUGACUGAAGUGCCACAAAGAGAAAUUCCUCUACAGAAAGUGUCCUCUGUCAGCCACCGUAGCUCCCAGGGCUCUGAUCCAGGGAGGCGGAUCACAUGUGGUCAGGGGGCCGGCUUGUGUAUGUCAGCAGCGAGACACUCAGAGGAGACUCCAGCUCCCAGGAUUCCCAGUGUUAGGGAGAGUGUGUUCUGGUCUAGGUUCUGCUGUGUUAAUGCACUCCUGCUGGUCAGCAUUAACAUUUUUCUCUACGCGUACUUUGCCUGAGUGGAGGGAUCAGAUUCGACAUCCUGCCUCACCCGUCCUGCUGAACUCCAGCCAGUCACCAUGAACUAGAAACUCUGCCAGCUGACUUAUCUACAUGUAUGAGGGUGAGGAAACAAACUGGGACUGUCUUUGCUCAGAUUUCACCUCAGAUUACCUUCACGAGAGACAUGAAUUUCUAAGAUCCUUCACAUGGACAAUAAAGAUGGAGUUAAUUUCUUGCCAAAACCCAGCAAUAAUUAGAUUUUUAUGGUCAUAAAACAAAUAGAAAACACAAUAAACAAACUAUCACUUUUUCUUUUGCAACUACAAACAUAUCUUUAACAAAUGCACACAAACUACAUGUUUCAUAUAUUAAAAAAUCUAAUCUUUCUGAGACAAAAAAAAACCCAUCAUGACUAUUCACAGAAUCAUUGCGCUACAUUUAGGGUCAUUCAUUGUGCCUCCACAACACCAGGUGGCGCCACUGGUCUAUGAUAUAGUCAAUUCGUGCCAAAAUCUGCUCUGUCAAACAGUACGCCACCUUUUAAUUGUAUUUUCAGACAUUAUAUAAGGAUACAAUUAUGUUGGUUCCAUUACAUUUUGGGCUGUUUUAGUUUAUUAUGGCUUGAUUCCUGUAGGGAGGCAUUAGUCAACAGAGUGUAUUUUGUAGCUGCUGAUGUCAUGGGUGAUAGAAAUGAGUCUUGGUAUUAAGGCUGCUAUGAGAGUUUGGAUCUCAUUUUGGAUGUUUACUUGAUCUACUCUCAGUCAGGGACAAACUAGACUGAAUUUUAUUUCCAAACCAGUCAACCCUACAACUGUCAGUGUAAAACUGAUCUACCUCUGAUUCAUUUAGGAUCCAUCAUCACUCUGAAAAAUAUCCCAAACAUUUCUCUGAGGUAUAAAACUUCUAUUCUUGAUUCAGUUAGACAUUGGAAACCUAAACUCCUCUAGGAGUUUAUCCACCCUAAAGAUGAUCGCUAUUCUUAUGAGAUCUCUGCGCACAUAUUGAAGAAAUGGAAACAACUCUGGACACAACAGGAAAGACUCUUGAAAACUGUCUCGCUGAAGAAGUGCUGUGGCCACAUCAUCCAAUAAUUUGUUAAAUAUGUGGAAAAACUGGUUGUACUGUACAUUAUAGCUCAGUUAUAACAUGCUAAUAGUGAGGUAAUGGUUUGAUAAAACAUAAAAUUAAAGUAGUAAUACCAUGUCAUUUCCAAAUGAAUAAUAAUAAUACUCCAAUAUCUUUGAUAAUAAUCAAGGACAUUUUCGGAGAUAAAAAUGAUCAUUAUCAUAUAUAACGCUUAAAAAUAAUCUUCCCUUAUUCUCCAAACCUCCUUUUUGUUUGACGUGUUGAUGUGGACCUGGAUACACUUGUGGUAGUUUCUCCUUAAUAAGAAUGAAUCAGACUGCAAAGUGCAAAAUCUCUGUUUUUAUUUAAUCUCAGUGUAGAUUCACAUUAAACCAAACAUCAAGAGGCCAGAACCAAAUAGGACGUUGAAUGACAGGAGAUAUUAUAUGGUUAUUAUUUCAGUAGAUUCAUAUUAUAAUGACUUUAUUACCUAUAUAUUACCAAAUCAUUACCAUAACAUUGUCGAGUUCUAAUGUAAAGUUCUACCAAAAAGCUUCACACAUUUGGUGUUUGAUUCUGUCUUUGUCUCACCUUGGCCUCAGUUCAGCUGGUUUUGGCUACAGACAUUACAUAAACAUAGGUAUUAUUAGCAUAAUUUCAUCCACAUAAUGUCUGAAAAUGAACUCAAUAGUGUGUGUAUAAUACAGACACUUUUGUCAUAUUGCCACCUGCUGUUGCCGAUGACAUAUUAGUGAAAAUAUUUGCUAAAGUAUUGCUUAAAGCUUCCCUAAUAGACACCUUCCACAACAUAAUAAUUGGCAUGAAUUAAAAAUAAGUUUCUGUCAAUAACCCAGCACAAAUAUCCAGUUACUUUUACAGACAAUGCAAUCUGUAGCUAAAAUUACAUAACAUUACAUUCUCUAAUAUUUCCCAUUUACACUGUAGAUUUAUGUGUUGUGUUUGUGAUUUAACCUACUCUUCAUGCUCAAAAUUAUUUAAAGCUUUGUUUUAGGUGUUGCUUGUAUUUUUCAAUUGUACAAACUGAGGAAACUUUUACUUGUAGCUAAUCAGACUCUUUUUCCUUGUGUUCAGCUGUGUCACUUGUAUUUUUUUAUGACUGAAAAUCAGGGAUUUUAUGCAUUUCUUCUGGCAUUUGGAUGUUAAAUCCCAUGACCUCAGCUUUUAAAGAGGUUAAGUUGUCGUGUAACAGGCAUAUUUUCAUUUCAUGAGAGAAAUUCAUUCAGUGGGACACAAUAUAUCAGCAUCUUGUCUAUGAAAUGUUUUUUUCUUUAUUAUGAUUUCUCAAAUAAAUGUAAAGAUACAUCA